UGCAGGUCAUGGUGAGGGGGGGGGGUGCUGAGGGGUGAGUGGUGUCUGUGAAAGUAAAGGGAGAGAUGCUAGGCGGCUGCUUUGCUCAAAAACACCUCACUUUUCUUCACAGAUGCUUAUUGAUGAAGCUUCAAAAGUUUGAAAGAAUGGAAAUAUUGUAUGGUAUAUAGUUGCUCAGGUGGGUCACCUGGUAUUUUGGUCCUACAAUGUCCACUAGUUUUGAGAGUGAAUUGGGACAAAGUGACUCCAGUAAAGACUUGGCCCCCCAGUUUAAAAUGAUGGACUACUCCUACAACGAAGACUUCGAGGAAAUGUGUCCAGUGUGCGGAGACAAGGUGUCCGGAUAUCACUACGGGUUACUGACCUGUGAGAGCUCUGUGAGGGCUGAUCGAAUGAGAGGAGGUCGCAACAAGUUUGGCCCCAUGUACAAAAGAGACCGGGCGCUCAAGCAACAGAAAAAAGCCUUGAUCAGGGCCAACGGACUCAAGCUGGAGGCCAUGACGCAAGCCAUGCAAACCAUCCCAGCAGACCUCACCAUUACCUCUGCCAUUCAGAACAUCCAUUCGGCCUCCAAGGGGCUUCCACUGAGCCACCACCAUCAUCACCACCACCAUCACCAUCACCACAGCUCCUCCAGCGCAGGCCUGCCACCUGUAGACUUUGACCGCAGUCCCUUCGUCACCUCGCCGGUCAGCAUGGCCAUGCCGCCGCACGCCGGAGGACUCCAGGGUUACCAGGCAUACGGCCACUUUCAGAGCCGCACCAUCAAGUCAGAGUAUCCCGACCCCUACACAAGCUCGCCGGAGUCCCUCAUGGGCUACCCGUACGUAGAAACCUACGCGGGUGGAUCGCCGCCCACCUUCCCUCACUUGGUGGUGGAGCUGCUCAAGUGCGAGCCGGACGAGCCCCAGGUGCAAGCGAAGAUCCUAGCUUACCUCCAGCAGGAGCAGGCCAGCCGAGGCAAGCACGAGAAGCUCAACACUUUUGGCCUCAUGUGCAAGAUGGCCGACCAGACACUGUUCUCCAUUGUGGAAUGGGCCAGGAGCAGCAUCUUCUUCAGGGAACUGAAGGUUGACGACCAAAUGAAGCUUCUCCAGAACUGUUGGAGUGAACUCCUCAUCCUGGACCACGUUUUCCGGCAGGUGAUGCACGCCAAAGAGGGCUCCAUCCUCCUGGUCACGGGGCAACAGGUGGAUUACGCCCUAAUUGCCUCCCAAGCCGGUGCCACACUCAACAACCUCCUGAGUCACGCGCAAGAGCUGGUGAGCAAACUACGAUCCCUCCAGCUGGACCAGAGGGAGUUUGUCUGCCUCAAGUUCCUGGUGCUGUUCAGCUUGGACGUCAAGAACCUGGAGAACUUCCACCUGGUGGAGAGCGUCCAGGAACAGGUCAACGCAGCGCUGCUGGACUACGUCAUGUGCAACUAUCCUCAGCAGACAGACAAGUUCGGCCAGCUGCUGCUGCGGCUGCCGGAGAUCCGGGCCAUCAGCCUGCAGGCCGAGGAGUAUCUGUACUACAAACACCUGAACGGUGACGUGCCCUGUAACAAUCUACUUAUAGAGAUGCUGCACGCCAAACGUGCCUGAGGACCGGCGGCGAGCCUUUCGUCUCGACACAUCGCACACACUGCUCCCAGAACCACCUCAGUCCAGCAUCAUCCCCAGACGAUGAAAUGUGCACGACAUGCGCACUGACUGCAUGGGUUUGCGGUGAGCCGGACACUUUGGACCUGAAAACCUGAACGCGAGGGUUUGGCUCGAAGGGUAGAUGCAUUUCUGGUAAAGAAAUGAAAUGAACGAAUCAAGAGUUAUAAUGACCUCCAGGCUGUGGAUUUGUCAUAGUAUUGUCGAACCACGACUGUCAGUCGUUAUUUGUUCUGUGUGCAGCUGAUCGAAACGUCCACCUUACACUCAGACUUGAGGUGGCGGGUUUAAGAUUACCGGGAAAGGACUGGGCGCUCUUUCAAGACUGGAAUUGCCAGCAUUGACCCAAAGUUUCCAUUAGGGCCUGGCCAUGUGGCCUUCCUCUGUCUGUUUUAAGGCACACAAGCUGGGCCGGAGCCAGUAGGCAGAGACCGACAAUCUUCAGAAAUCCAGUGCCCCUCGUUCCUAUUUUGUUCCCCACAACCAGAAGUCCUGCAGCUGCGUUGGAUGUGUGCUUACCUGCCUGAAUGUUUGGUUUGGGAUUCUCGUUUGUGCGCUGGAAGCCGCAGUCAGACCCGCAUCUCUGAUGUAACCUCUUGCCAUAAAGAGUUUCCAUACAAGCUCUUGGAAUCUUUCCAUCAUAUUUUAAUAAAUGACUAUUAUGCCAAAAGUCGUUGUUUUAUUUC